AUGCCGUCCCAAGACAAGGACAUCCCCCGUGACCGGGAAUUGGUCCGGCAUUCAAUGACAUACUCCGAGUCUAAAGUUCCAAUGUGGGACAGUUCGGAUCCCGAGCGUGCACCUCCGCCGCUACCGAUGAACCCUCGUUCUAUGAGCCCAAUGAGCCCUGCGACGAGGUCUAAUGUCUCUCCCAACAUUCAGGCAGUGGCUGCAAAAUUUACAGAGAGACCCAGCGAGCAUGCGCCGAGCUCUUACACAACAAAUCCAAUGCCACUCAAGUCUUCCUCUCCAGAGAGGUCGUUGGUCAAAGGCCAGCACCACAAGCGCAUGCAGUCACUGCAGCCUGAAGAUACCCGACAAGAUGCGCGCAGUGACUUUAUGAAUUACCUCGAGAACAGAUCCCCAGAGCGCCCUCUUCGUGCGACGAUCACUGAGGCGGCCAAGCCACGCGAUCCUACCAAGUCUGUCAGCUCACCAGCGCUUCGUCAAGACGCGGACCGGGAGAUGACCUACUCACUAUCGAGUCGGUACUUAUCAAAGCCAAUAUUGGGGGAGAGUACUCCGCCAUCAGCUACAAUGUUAGCCCUCCAAAACAUGCAACUACCUUUAGAACUCGACCCUCCAUCACCUUCCAAACCACCGAAAAUGAUCACUGCGCCGGUUGAGCCGCAUCCCCAUCCCACCAAGACCACGAGCAUGGAUACGAUCUCAAAUCAAAUCCACAGUCUCACAGACAUUGCAAGCGGCUUACAGCGUGAGAUGAUGAAUUUGAGCCGACGCAGCAAAGAUAACGCGACCGACUUGGUCAGCCUCAAAGCGGCAACCAAUGCACGCGACGAAGACAUUCGAAAGAGUCUUAAGGACCUAUCUUCUCAUCUUACUAGCAAGUAUCUUGAUGCUGAUGCUACAAGGUUUGAUUUCAGUAAUCUCUUUAAGGGUGGUGAUGGGCCUAACCCCAAGGAUCCGGAUAGUCCCGUUUCGAAGAGGAGCUACUCAGUGCCUCGCAUGCCGAGCCCCAACCCCUUCGCGUUUGAUCGGGACUCUUGCGUCUCACCUGCACCGAUUUCCGACGGCUCCGCAGCCCUCGCUUUGCUCGAAAAGGUAUUGCGCGAGAUGGCAACCAAGGAAGGUGAGGAAAGGCUAUUAGAGCUCGUUGAGGAAAUCAGAUCUCGACCCGCAGCUACCGCUUCUGACAAAGAUGCCGAUGACAAGAUCACUGUCAUGCUUGAAGAGAUCCUCAACCUCGUCAAAGAGGAUCCAUCGAGCAAAGCCCUCGUCCGAGCUUACGGCACGGCUGCCAGUCCUGAUAAUAUCGAAUCUGGGGAUGCUUCUCCCGAGGCGACACGAUCUGGUUCGAUGGGGUCGGUGGAUCCAGAAAUUGUACGUGCACUUGACCUUUCCAAAUCUGACAAAGGAGAUGGUUCUUCGCCGAAUUCCGAUGAAGUCUUGUCAAUUCUUAGGACUGUCAAGAAUAGCGUCCUCGAGGCAGGUGGAAUGACCAACGGUGUGAAGUCCUUGGUACGCGAACUACGAGGUGAGGUUCUGGGCAUGGGUCGAGAACUCGGCCGGCGAUUAGACGGGAUCGAGACCUCCCGUGCCAUUGACGAGCCUGAGGAGCAGCCUAGGGCUGUCGGCCCAGAAGAGAUUUCCGCUAUUGUCAACCGCAGCCUGGACGACCUCAAAGAGCAGCUGGCUGCUACUAUCAACGAGAGUCGGCAGCAAUCGUCUGACUUGUCCGAAUUCCGAUCUACCAUGAACAGCGCCGCAAUCUACUCUGUUGUGAAAAAAGCCCUCGAUGAGCUUGAACUUCCUCAACCUCAAGCCGAGUCGCGAGGUGCUGAGAUGGACAGAGAAGAUAUCCUUGAGACUGUUCGUGAAGCCUGGGAGACCUACAAGCCCGAAAUCGAGUUUAACAACUUUGGUUUGGAACGAGAUGAAAUCCUCACAUGUCUUGAAGAAGGGCUCAAGUCUUACCAGCCCCAGCACGAACAGGCGGUCACUUACGACCAGGUCCUCGCAGCCGUGGAGGACGGCAUGCAGAAAUUCAUUCCUCCACAAAUCGAGCACCCACCGAGUAUAUCUCGAGACGAGAUAAUCUUGACCAUUCGCGAAUGCCUGGAGAAGCAGCCCGAACCUGCCCCCAGAUCCCUUGACGAGGAACAUGUCGGUCAUCUCCACUCGGUGCGUGACGAGAUCCUCGAUGCUGUUUCAAAGGCCAUGGCAAGUCACAACGAAGGCUCAAGGUCUCUAGACGAGGAACAUGUCAACCAUCUCUACUCCAUCCGCGAUGAGAUCCUCGAUGCGGUCACUGGGACGAUGGCAGCCAACGAUAUGCGGCCAAAGUCUUUGGACGAGGAUCACGUCAAUCACCUCCACUCUGUUCGCGAUGAGAUCAUUGAAGCUGUUACUGGGGCAAUGACAAGCCAUGCCGCAGGUUCCAAAUCCGUGGAUGAAGACCACGCCAAUCAUCUAACUGCUCUGCGCGAUGAAAUUCUUCAAGCAGUUGCUGGAGCAAUGGUUGCGAACAACGUGGGGCCAAAGGGGUUGGACGAAGAUCAUGUCCAACACCUAUACUCUAUCCGUGAUGAGAUUAUUGAAGCUGUUACUGGAAUGAUGGCAAACCACAGCAUCUCCAGGUCUUUGGAUGACGACAACGUCGGUCAACUAAAUUCUAUUCGGGACGAGAUCCUUGGCGCAUUGGCCGGAUCCAUGACACAAAGCACGCUGAGCAAGGACUCUUACGACUCUGGUCUUGGCCGGGAUGAGAUCGUCAGUGCUGUGUCCGAUGGCCUCGAAGCCCAUUUCACCGCAGCUAAAGAGAUGGAUGAGCCACGAAUUUCCCGCCAUGAUGUUAUGAAUGCUGUCAAUGAAGCCUUCAAUGCUCAGCAAUCGGCUCUCACGAUCUCUCACACGAACAUCUCUCGUGAUGAGAUCUUGAAUGCCAUUGCGGAGGGCAUCGAAAGUUCAAUGAAGGCCCAACAAUCAUCUCUCAGUACCACCGUUCAGCAGACCGUCUCUCGUGAAGAGAUUUUCAGCGCCAUCGUGGAUGCCAUCGAACACUCGCAGUCUUCCCUGCGUAAUAAUGAGGACCCUAGUAUUUCUCGAGAUGAGAUCCUCGGUGCUAUUUUGGAGGGUAUGGAGCACUCGUCAAACCGCCAAGAAUCAAAUAUCUCCAGAGACGAGAUCUUGAACGCCAUUGCGGACGGUAUUCAGAACUCGAGUAACUCUUCGUCGCGUGCUCUCACAUCGACUGAGCAUGAGGGUGAGGAUCACCAGUCCACUCCCUCCCGCGAGGAAAUUUUUACUGCAAUAGUCGAGGGUAUUGAGCACUCUCAUGCCUCGCUGGGCAUUAAUAGGAAUGCUGGCGUUUCCAAGGAGGAUAUUAUGAGUGCUAUCGCCGAGGGCAUCGAGGCGUCGACAAACAGCCAACAGUCAGCACUCAGCACUAAUGUGCAAGAGCCGGCUAUCUCACGGGAGGAGAUUCUGAGCGCCAUUGCAGAAGGCAUUCACAAUGGCAACUCCAUCACCCGGGAGAUUGAGCUGAAUCAGGACGAUCUCAUGGAAGCAAUCACCUCUGGUCUCAACGAGGCGAUCAGGACCGCGAAUACUAAUGUUGGUGGUGAGAUGACGGAACGUCUCCAGACCUUAUUCGAAGGCAUGAAGGAGGAAUUCAAGCAGUACUCGGCCGCCGGUGGAAGAGACACUGAGCAAGUCCUUGACGCAAUCAAGGAUGGCCUCGAUACCGUUCAUAGGGAGAUUGAAACUUACGUGGUUACCGCUGCCGAUCUUUCCGGCAAGGACGAAGUAAUUCAUACAGUCAAGGAAGGUUUCCGACUCCUUCAGGCCGACAUGGAGAAGACCAUUACGGAUACAUCCCUCUUGGCUGCGCCGCGGGGCAAUCCGGAUACACCUGAGCUCCUAGACGCAAUGGAAAAAGAGUUUGAGCACCUACGGGGAACAAUCACCAGUCUUCUUUUACGAAGUAACGUUACUGAAGACAAAGAUGAAAUCCUGGAUGCCAUUCGAGACACUGCCGAUCGCAACAAGAAUGAGUCUACCGAUCAAGUUGUCAAUAUCAUCAAGCAGGAGCUCGAGAGUCUUCGAGAGCGCAUGGACAUGAGUGUCGUUCGUGCUGAGCCUGGCACCGAGAAAGACGAGAUCAUAUCGGCACUUCGUGAACAUUUCGACAAUCUACGUGAAGAGACAGCGCUCAAAAAUGGCGCCGAAAAUGAUGUGGUCAACAUCAUCAAGCAGGAGCUCGAGAGUCUUCGUCAGCGUAUGGAAAUGAGCGUGGUUCAUUCGGAGCCUGGUGCCGAAAAGGAUGAAAUCAUUUCGUCACUCCGCGAGCAUUUUGACAUCCUGCGUGAAGAGACCUCGCGUAGAGAUGGUAACGAAAGUACCCUAACCGCAUCAAGCGAGCUACUCGACGUUUUUACAGGUGGUGUUGACUCGAUUCGUGACGACCUGAAGAAACUACUGGAGAAGCCAACUGAGUUCGACAGUUCUGAGAUUCUCCAUACCAUCAGAGAUGGCCUUGCGGAUCUGAAGCUUGAGGUAGAUUCUCUCCGUGAAUCUACCAAAGGACUGGAUGAUGCCAGUACCGCCCGCGGAGGCGAGCUUAUGCUGGCAAAUGAGCCUAGCAUUGGACCUGACAUUGACGGGCUGAAAGUGCUCAUCACUCAGCUUCAAGAGAAGGUCGAGGCCAUUGAAACUGCUCCUCAUCCCGCAGAGGCUGCCGAGGAUGCACUCAAGCGCUCCGACCUUGAUGAAGUCCUUCUUGCGCUUCAUGAAAUUCAACUCGCCAUGGGUGAGAUGAGUACUCAACAGAAUACUGAGAAAGAGGACCGCCUCCGAAAGGAAGAUACCGAGGUUCUCGAGCAGUUACUAUUGAGCACCAAGACCCAGAUCGACGAGCUUGUCUUCCCCUCGCCGGAUCAGGUCGCCACGCCUGAGCAUAUUGGAGCCCUAGAGACCAUAAUACGAGAGGCCAAGGAUUCGAUCGCGGAGUUUUCCAGUCGCGUUGAAGCCGAGGCUCCCACGAAGUCUGAGAUCGGCACUUUGGAGGGUCUCAUUAAAGAGGUAUGGGUUGUCCUCGAUGAGAUGAAGAGCAAGACCAAGGACGGCGAGGAAGACGAAGCUUCUGAGAGAAUACUCAAAUCCGAUCUCCAAACAGUGGAAGCCAUGAUCUUCGAGGUGAAGACUCAAGUCGACGAGCUUAAGCUUCCCGAUGUGGAUACUCUCCCCACCAAAACGGAGAUCCAGGAGCUAUCGACACUUGUAUGCGAUUUCCGAGAGAAGAUGGAGAGCAGUAACGAAUUGACCGCCCAAGGAUUCGAUGCCCGCAAGGUUGAGCACGGUGGUCUUGCUGAAAAGAUUGACGAAGCCAAGUUUGUCGUUGGCGAGCUUGGGGAAGAACUCAAGAGCAGGCUUGACGGCAGUAACGAAGGUCUUGCUGAGCUUAAACAGCUUCUUGAAGGACUGGCAAUGACAGCAGAGAGCUUCACUACCAUCGAGAGCAUGAAGGAGCUCACAGACCUCAUCAACCGAGAGUUCGACCGUUCUCGGAGCGAGGAAGAUGCUGCCAAGGUCGAGAAUGAGGAGCGAGAUGCUGCUAAAAUGGUCAAACACGACGAGACGCGGGCCGCCAUCAUUCUGGAACUUGGAACAAAGAUUGACGAGAAAAUUUCCGAAGUCCUAGCCAAGUAUGAAGAUGCGCACAUGUCCCUCCACUCGAAGUUCUCAGAAACUGAAGAGCGAGACCUGGCACACACCGAGUCUUUGACAAGUACAAAAAAUCUCGCGGAAGAUAUAAAGCUUGUCAUCGGUGCUAUGGGUGAUACGGUUAAUGAGACCUGUGAGCGGUUGAGUGUGGACACAAAAGCUCUCAUGGAACAAGUCGACCAGUCCCGCCAGAAAAUGGAAGACAUGCACAACGAUGUCAGAUCGCACCAGGAGCAGUCUCAUGCCGAGAACGAAAGGGCCGCAGCUGCCGCUGAUCGGGUGGAGAGCAAGCUCCUUGAAUUCCACCCCCGUAUUCUGGAAUCUGUGCAGGAGAUAUUGACACUCGUCAGCCAGCACUAUGAUCACUCCCAGAAGUCAGCAGAGGACCUGAAGUCGGAAUUAUCAGCAUUGCCUUCAAAUAUCCCAGCAAUGCUACCCGCACUACCUCCACCAGAAUCGGAUCGUGCUCUCGCUAUAGAGGAUACUCCGUUGCACAGUAAAAUUGACGAUCUUUUGGAGCAUGCCAAGAACAACAAAGUCCAUGAGGUUUUGAGCACUCUGCUUGAUCACUCAAAGAAUGAACAGCUCCAUGAGAAGCUCGAUCGCGCUCUGGAUCAAGGCUCAGGCUCGAAUGAUCAAAUAUACGAAAAGCUCAACGAGCUGCUAGACCACACCACCAAUGGGAGUGGUCCUGUUCAUGAGAAACUGGAUGCAUUGCUCAGCCGUCCGCCAAAUCCGCCGGAAUCCGAUCAUUCUGUUGCCCAGAUGGCGAAACUCGACGAAAUGCACAGGGAUAUCAUGGAGAACUCCCGCAGAAUGAAUGAGAUGUUCGCCGCCCAGUCAGCGCUGGUCGCUGAAGAUACCGAGCGAAAGCGGCGCGAGGCUGAGGAGGCUGCCGUCGCCCUAGCACGAAGAGUUUCGCAGCGUGAGCAAGUGGAAGCGGAGCUUAUCGGUUUGCAUGAAGAAAAGGAUUCUAUGCUGAAUAUGAUCCAUCGUCUAAGAGCAGAGAAGGAGGAUAUGAUCAAGCAAAACAAUAAGCUCAGCAAGGACCUGUCCGGCCUUGAGACGGCCCUGGAGAUACGUCACGAAGAGAUGCGACACAUGGAGGAACGCGCGGAUGGCCUUGAAAAACGCAUUCUGGAGGGCGUACUCGACCAUGCUCGUGCUGUUCUCCUUGGGCGAUCCAGUAGCUCGCAGGCCAUGAACCUGAAGAGAAACCGCAGCACCAGAAGUACCCGUUCUUCUCGCGCAGGCGCCCGCAGUCCCAGCGUUGCGAGUACUACCAGCACUGCCAAAGAGUCCAAGGACAGCCGUAGUCUGGUCGGAAAUGGCGUUGGGAUGGCUUUGAAACGAAUGCCGACCUCGCUUCAAGCUGGCACGGUCGCUGUGCAGCCCAACAUUGGGAAAGAACGUCGGAUUCUCAGCUUGAGUCACGUCACAGGCAACCGUGGUGUGGACCGGCAGGUGAGUGCUAAAUCUGGCAUCACAAAUUUGAAGCGCAGCCACUCUGUCAAAUCAAAUUCUCUUCGCAAGACUUCUUGGGCUGGCCCAACUUCUGUUGCCAACAAAGAGAACGAGCCGUUCCACGAAGAAGACGAGCUUGCCAGCGAAGCGGAAGAUGUUGGUCCGCAACGGAAGACCAGCCAUGCGGAAAACAACGCACCUACCGACCGUAAGACAAGCUACGCAGAAUCUGACUUUGGCAAUCAAACUGAAUGCAACUAUGCCCCGAGCAACGCUGGCACUGACCGGAGAACCAGCUACGCAGCAAGCAAUGCAGGCACGGAGCGCAAGAUAAGCUACUCUGGCAGCGUGGUCGACAGUGUGGUCACAGAUGCCACGGAUCAUCGACGUGUUAGUGGAGUGAGCUCAGCAAACUCGUACAGUGUGGCAGAGAGCUCAAUCACCGAGCAUGACCACGAGGACCGCCAUGAUGAUAUUUCUAUUGAUGGAUCCGAGUCAGAAGAAGGCGCGCGGACAGCACGAGAGGAUGCAGAGGAUUCAGAGAAUGAGCACCAGAAUGAGGAUCACGAAAUGUCCCGUCAGAUUAGAGAAGCCAAUGAGGCUGCAGAAGCCGAAGUUCUUAAGCUGUUGGCUCCCCCUAGCGACAGUGGACUUGGCACUAAUCUUACGGUGUGA